CAAAGCCUAGCACAAACGUUUCAAAUUUAAUUUCAUCUCAAGUCACAAUCUAUGUAUAUGACAGUCCAGUCCACUUAAAGCCUCAGAACAGGAGUUGGAGGAAAGGGAAAGGCCAGAGUCAAGACAAUUUGUACCAGUUUUCUGGUAAGGCAUUCUACAUCUAUCUUCAUUACUACUCUUUUUUACAUAGCAUUCUCACUCAUCUUAUAUAUUGUUCUCCAUGUAUAUCGUCGUUCAGCUUUCGACUCGUUCUCAAAAUCUAUUGUUGGAAUUUGCUCCUUGGUAAUACAUAGUCAUCUGCUCUUCUCGCGCAACUCCGUGAGACGAUGGUGCGAAUACCAGACUAUAAAGAGUCUCCUUGGGGCUCACUGACAUUCCCAACCAUUUGGUCCCACUAAACAUGCCUUCUGCUACGCCCAACACCGUUCCAGGUACCCUAUUCUACUUUUCUGCCCCUGCAGAUGGUUCAGAGCCCUACAAUCGCGUCAACACCGACCCAACCUCUACUCUCCCGCUCUCCAAUUGGAGUCCAGAGAAACAUACCGUCCAGAUCGAGAAUGUGCGCGAUAAAGAGGCUUCUUUCACUCUGGAUGAAGCUGGUUUCCAAUACUUCAAACAUCCCUCUCGACAUACGUCUUUCGUGGACGAUGAUGAGAUUAAGGCCGAAUAUUACCCGGAGAGUGCAGAAUUAAUUAAAAAGAUUACUGGAGCCAGUCGAGUCGUUUUGUUUGAUCACACCAUCCGGCGUCGUAUCCCAGGACAAGCAGACAUGACUGGUAAACGCCAGCCUGUGAGGGAAGUACACGUCGACCAAACUACAUCCUCCGCCAUUGCCCGAGUUCAUCUCCAUCUCCCAUCCUCCGAAGCACCUGAACUCCUCAAACAUCGCUUCCAAAUCAUCAAUCUCUGGCGACCUAUCUCUCACCCUGCUUUUGACUUGCCACUCACCUUGUGCGAUUACCGCACCGUGGAUAAAGAAAACGACUUGGUCGCGGUAGCGAGGAUCUCUCCGGAAAGACGAGGCGAGACCUAUCGUGUGAAGUAUAACCCCCAGCAUCGAUGGAAAUACUUGAAGGGCAUGACCCCGGAGGAGUUCGUUCUUAUUAAAUGUUUCGAUUCCACUGAAGACAGCGGAGUGUCGAUCUUCACUCCCCACACUGCUUUCAUUGACGCCUCUGCACCUGAAGAUACACUUCCACGACAGUCGAUCGAACUUCGAGCGCUUGUCUUUUAUGAUUAA